AUGGAUUUAUCAUCAUUUAUUUCUAAUCGUUAUAUGAUUAUGGGUGAUUUUAACAUCGAUUUAGAAAAGGAUGGGGAAAAAGCAGAACGCUUACUGGAAUGGAUGGGCUCAUGCUGGUUUGGCCCUCCCGCCCCGGAUUCUAAUACAUCUCUUCGCUCGGAUUGUACUAUUGAUUAUGCAUUAGCUGUCGAUGUUAAUUUAACAAUUCAAACAUGUCAAUGUAACAACAGCAGUGAUCAUAAGCCUCUUCUUGGAGUGCCGACUUGUGUUACAGCUUGGAAGAUUGAAGGAUCUCGUACAAGAUGA